UAUUUUAUGUUAACAUUUAUUUACAAAAUCAUAUCUUAAAUGAAGGCGACAGUUGUUCAAUGAUGUAUAAAUCUCGUACAAAUCUCGUAAAUCGAAAGAGAAGACAAAUCAAGGUAACAAACAGAAAUUGAGGGAAUCGAAUGAACUGUAUAAAGAGCGAGACCGGGUGCGUGGACAGAGUAAUCGUCUCCUGCAAUAUAUGCCUCAACAGCCAUGCAAAUUCCCACUCAAUUAAAAUGUCACAAUUCGGAAUAGGACACAAUGGGUAAAAUUACCAACGACUAUACUAGUACCUUAAGAUCUUAUACUGCGAAAGUAUGUCGAUAGUGGCUUGAGACACCGACACAGCGUAUCGGUCAACCAUUUAGUGACUUAAACUUAUGUAGUGACGAUUUCAUUUAAUUUUCCUAAAAAAAAAACAAUACUAAUUUCAAAGUUCUAGUGUUUUAAAUAGAAUUCUGGAUAAUUAAUUCAGCAAGAACAUGUCUUUCUGUAUUGUUAAAACUUUGUACAGUAUUAAGUCGUCUUUAAAAUACGGUCACCGAAAUUAUGGUGAAGGACGGUAUGAUUUCGUAACAACAGGAAAAACAACAUGCGUGACGGAAGACCUUCUGCAUAUGAUUAUGAGAGCUGGUCCUACUUUAAAAGAUGAUCUCGAACGAAGGCCAACAUUUUUUGCAUCAUUAAAAACAUCACAAACUCUGUCUAAUAUUAGGGAUAUUGUGAAGUUUGAUGACGCAAAGAUCAAUAUUGGAGGUGGAUAUGACUCUACUACUGGAAUAUUUACUGCUCCACGGAAUGGAAUCUACAUAUUUUCCUGUGCUAUUAUGGCUAAUGGUGGCGGCGAAGUUCAUUUCCAGCUAAACAAGAAUGACCAGUUAUAUACAGCAGGGUAUGCUACUAAAUCGAACUACGGAGCUCAAACGGUGAACUCUCUCGUCGAGCUGAGGACAGGAGAUAAAGUGUAUGUUAAACACAGAAAUGGUUCGUCCCAGAACGUGCUUGGAAGUCACUUCUCUACAUUUUCCGGUUAUCUUUUGUCUAAGUAAUAAAAUUUACUGUUCUUAAUAUACUAGUAACAUUUACAGUAUGAAACGUGUCAUUUAAAUUUGAAAUUACAUGUACUUUAUUCUUGAAAACUCGAUCUUGUGAUCAUCGAAUAAAAAUUUAACAUGA